AUGGAAGAUCUUGAUCAACUUUUAGCGGAUCUUCAAUCGGUUAGUCAACGUGCUCGUAAUGCCUAUGAAAAUAGUCAAAAUGAAACUCGCCUUGAACCUAUGGUGCUUAAUCGAAGUCUUCCAGCCCAACGAAAUCAAGUACUGAAUUUAAUUCGGCCAGAUUCAGUUAUUGAUCCAGAGCCAAGCCCAAAAAGUCUAAAUGAACUCAAUCAACUUCUUGAUGCGCUUAGUAAAGCAAGAGAAACUAUGAAAAGCGAUAGUCAAAUAGUUCGAACUUCCCAUGGAUCGAAUUCAACACCAAUAAAAGUAAUUCAUAACAUUGAAGAUUCAUCAAUAAAGAGUACUAAGUCAAUUGAUGAUGCGAUUGAUACUUUAAAUGAAACGACUGAAACGAUUAAAUCUAGUUCUAGAAAAAAAUCAUCAUCUUCAAAAAAUUCAUCUAGAAAACCAGCAACGAAAGAAUUAGAAGAUCUUAUGGAAUCGUUAAGUAGUUUUAAACUUCCAGCACAGACUUCAUCAAUCACAUGUUUACCAUCCGACUUAACAUCGGCUGUAGAACAAAUGCCAUCAUUAAAAACAACAUCUAUACCACAACAAUAUCCUCUUUGUCAUUCUUGCCAAAAACCAAUUGUUGGACAGAUAAUUACAGUACUUGAUCGUUCCUAUCAUCCAGAACAUUUACGUUGUACUGCAUGUAAUAUUGAAAUUGGCCGAAAAGAUUUCUAUGAAAAAUCUGGGAAGCCCUAUUGUGAACUUGAUUAUCGACGAUUAUUUGCUCCGAAAUGUGCACGUUGCGAUGAACCCAUAAUCGAUGUAAUGAUUACAGCCUUAAAUCGUAACUGGCAUCCGGAACAUUUUCUCUGCGAACUAUGUGAGCGACGAGUUGGAGAAGACGGGUAUCAUGAAAAAGAUGGAUAUGCCUAUUGCCGAGAAUGUUAUAUGACUACUUUUGUACCCAAAUGUCUUGGUUGUAAACAAGUAAUUGUCGACACUUAUAUUCAAGCACUUGGUGGCCAUUAUCAUAAAAGUUGUUUUGUUUGUCAAGAAUGUUCUCAACCUUUUUUAACUGGCUCAUUCUACGAACAUGAACAUCAACCAUUAUGUGAACUACAUUAUCAUCAACGACGUGGUUCACUCUGCUCAUCUUGUCAAAAGCCAAUUGGUGGUCGUUGUAUAACAGCGAUGGGUAGAAAAUACCACGUUGAACAUUUUAUUUGCUCCUAUUGUACACGACAAUUACAAAAUGGCACAUUUAAAGAGUAUCAAAAUAAGCCCUAUUGUCAUCCUUGUUUUGUAAAAUUAUUUGCUUGA